AAAGAUACGAAAGUAGACCAAUGUGUAGUUAAAUAGGGUAGAGUUGUAAAUUCGAUUCGAAGGCUGAACUGGAUAAGUCUUAUCAUAAGACUGCCCUUCUCCGUUGCCAAACAUUCCGACUCGAUGACAAUUGCCAUGUACACCCCUGCGCAUGUUAGCUCCAGCGUCUUAAAUUCCCGGUUCCUUCGCCCUCCGCUGCGACGAAGCUUGCUGCCAUCGAGAUGUCACCGCAAUUUUAGCUUGACUUGCGCGUUAUUACCGGAGAAAAGGCGGCAAAGCAGACGAUUGGUCAACAUAGCCCUCGGAGUCUUGCUUCAAUGGCUCGCCCUACCUAAAGAUGCAGUAGGAGGUAGCCCUUUUGACAAGUAUGUUAAAAGCGAAACUGCAGGUAAAAAUCGACCACUGUUUCGGUUCUCUCUCACUCACCGGAUCACUGUCCCGGCAGACCCACUGCCCGACUCCGCCGUCGCUUCUCCGGCGGAGCACUAUUUCGGCAGAUCUUCCUCUCUCUUUCUUUCUUCUCUCUUUUUUUUUCAACAGUUAAGAUCUGCUCCAGCCACAACUCCGACGAGAUCUAAAAGGCUUAGAUAUGUCCGGAGAGGAUUAGAUCAGACUGGAAAGGCUUUUCCGGCGAAGCGUUUGGUCUCCUCUUGCAUUUUCUGGCGGGUACAAGCAAAUACCGGCUACACCCAACUUUUCCGACGACAUUUAGGAUUCCGGUCAGUAUCUUUGUCAUAUUCGCUCCGGGCCAGGUUCUAUCUUUCCUUCCCUCAAUUGAUUAUUUGUGCUCCUGUUUAUAUUUUAUUUUAGUAUCACUUUCUGAUCAGUUUGCUUAGUGUUCUUCUUUCCUAGUUCCUACCAUUAGUGUUUAUUACCUAGUGUGUGUUGUCUCUCUAUUAUAUACUUUAUAUUGUCAAUUAUUAGCUCGUUGCUUGUACUCUUUGGAUUUAUCUGUUAUCAGUUUAUCACUUUGUAGGUCAUAUCGUUUUAGUGACUUUGGUUACUGAUGGUGGACUAGGAUCAUGUCCUCAAUUGGGGUUGAAGGCGUGGGGAAAUAGUGGUAAGAAGGGGACAUGUUUUCUUAAGUUGAGAGUAGGAUCGUGGUACAUAGGGUCGCUUACAGGGAAGUCCAUAGAGCUAGUGAAGAGUCUUAAGAGGAGAAAAAAUAAUAUAGCUUGUCUUCAGGAGACUAGAUGGGUAGGUACCAAAGCUCGAAAUGUGGAUGGAUUUAAAUUAUGGUAUUCAUGAGGCUCUAGAGAUAGAAAUGGAGUAGGUAUUCUAGUUGACGCGGAUCUUAGUGAGUGUGUGGUGGAGGUAAAGAGGAUUAGUGAUAGAAUGAUAUUUAUUAAGCUAGUUAUAGGCAAACUUUUUGUGAACGUUGUUAGUGCGUAUGCACCCCAUGUGGGCCUGGAUGAGGAAGUUAAAAGGCUCUUUUUGGGAGGAUUUGGGUGAGUUAGUGAGAGGUAUAUCGAGUAUCGAAAUGAUUUUCAUUGGGGGAGAUUUCAAUGGUCAUAUCGGGACAACUUCUAAUGGUUUUGAUGAUGUCCAUGAAGGCUUUGGUUUUGGGAAAAGGAAUGGUGGCGGGACAUCUCUCUUGGAGUUUGCUAAAGCUUUUGAGUUGGUUAUUGCUAACUCGUGUUUUCUGAAGACGGAUAUUGAUUGGUUACCUUUAGUAGCACGGUAGCUAGGACUCAAAUUAACUACUUACUCCUCCGGAAGGGUGAUAGAGGCCUUUGCAAGGACUGUAAGGUUAUUCCAAGUGAGAAUUGUACUAUCCAACAUAAGCUUUUGGUGAUGGACUUGGAGAUUGAGCGGGAUAGGAGAAAGAAGACCCUUUAUGACCGACCGAUGAUUAGAUUGGGGGGGGCUAACUCCCACCCUCUCUCUAGAGUUUGGGGAGAAGUUGGUUGGUUUAGGGGCCUGGAAUAGUAGUGGGGAUGCAAACAACAUGUGGGAUAUGACUGUUGGUUGUAUUAGAAAAGCAGCUUUCGAGGUUCUAUGGGUAUCAAGAGGAAUCUUUGGUGGUCGUUAAGGAGAUUGGUGGUGGAAUGGAGAAGUACAAGGCAAAGUGAAAGCUAGAAAGGUUGCCUAUAUGGAGUGGUUGGAGUGCGUGGAUAAGGAUGAAAAGAGUAGGCUUAAUGAUAUCUAUAAGAAGGCGAAGACGAAAGUGAAGUCGGCGGUCACCAGUGUUAAGACGACAACUUUUGAACGCCUAAAUGCCGAGUUAGGGGAAAAAGGUGGGGAUAAGAGAUUGUAUAGGUUUGCCAAAGAGAGAGAGAAAAGAGCCUGCGACUUGGAUCUGGUAAAGUGCAUUAAGGACGAGGAAGGUAAAGUGUUAGUGGAUGAGACCUCUAUCAAGCAAAGGUGGCAAGCUUACUUCCACAAACUCUUAAAUGAAAAAGAAAAUGGAAACAUUGUACUGGGUGAUUUGGCGUACUCUCAUAGUCUUCGGGACUUUGGAUACUGCAGGUGUUUUAGGAUUGAGGAGGUUAGACGUUUUAUUAGCAGGAUGAGGAAGGGGAGAGCGACCGGACCCGAUGAGAUUUUGGUUCCACAAACUCUUAAAUAAAAAAAGAGACGUGGGCAUUGUACUGGGUGAUUUGGCGCACUCUCAUAGUCUUCGAGACUUUGGGUACUGCAGGUGUUUUAGGGUUGAGGAGGUUAGACGUUUUAUUAGCAGGAUGAUGAAGGGGAGAGCAGCCGGGCCUGAUGAGAUUUUGGUAGACUUUUGGAAGAGCAUUGACAAGGCAGGUUUGGAGUGGUUGACUAAGUUGUUUAAUGUUAUUUUAAAGAUAGCUAAGACGCUCGAUGAAUGGGGGUGGAGUACUAUGGUCCCAUUGUACAAGAACAAGGGUGAUAUCUAAAAUUGUAAUAAUUACAGGAGUAUCAAAUUGCUAAGCCACACUAUGAAGACAUGGGAGAGAGCGGUGGAGUUAAGGGUGAGGAGAGGAGUGUCAAUCUUAGAGAAUUAGUUCGGAUUCAUGCUGGGGCGGUCGACUACUAAAACAAUUCAUCUUAUGCGGGGAUUAACGGAGAAAUUUAGAGAAAGAAAAAGAGAUCUUCAUAUGGUGUUCAUUGAUCUUGAAAAGGCUUAUGAUAAAGUUCCGAGGGAUGUUCUCUGGAGGUGCCUAGAGGCUAAAUGUGUCCCGAUGAUGUAUAUUAGAGCGAUAAAAGACAUGUACGAUGGAGCCAAGACUCAAGUUAGAACGGUGGGAGGUAACUCAGAUCAUUUUCCUGUUGAGAUGAGACUACACCAAAGAUCUGUACGGAGCCCUUUUCUGUUUGCCUUGAUAAUGGAUGAGCUAGCACGGUCUAUUCAAGAGGAGGUUCCAUGGUGUAUGCUAUUUGUGGAUGACAUAUUUUUGAUUGAUGAGACUCCGGACAAAGUUAAUGGAGACACUCUGGAGUCCAAAGGGUUCAGAUUGAGUAGGACCAAAAUUGAAUACUUGGAGUGCUAAUUCAGUGGUGCGGUGGAUGAAGAGGGCAUGAAAGUGAGGCUUGCCACUCAACUUGUCCCCAAGACUGAAAGCUUUAGAUAUCUUGGAUCCAUCAUCUUGAGUAGUAGGGACAUCGAAGAGGAUGUCACGCAUCACAUUGGGGCAGUGUGGAUGAAAUGGAGGCUUGCCUCUAGAGUCCUUUUAUAUAAGAAGAUACCAUCGAAACUUAAAAGUAAGUUCUACAGGAUGGUGAUUAGACCGGUGUUGUUAUACAGAGUGGAGUGUUGACCAGUAAAGAAUUCUUAUGUUUAGAAGAUGCAUGUUGCAGAGAUGAGGAUGUUGAGAUGGAUGUGUGGUCACACUAGGAGUGAUAAGAUUAGGAAUGAGGUCAUUCGGGAGAAGGUGAUAGUGGCCUCUGUGGUAGACAAGAUGAGAGAAGCGAGACUGAGGUGGUUUGGGCAUGUGCAAAGGAGGGACGCCCCAGUUAGGAGGUGAGAGCAGUUGGAUUUGGGGGUUAUGCGAAGUAGUAGGGGUAGACCGAAAAAGUAUUGGGGAGAGGUGAUUAGACAAGAUAUGACGCUAUUUCAUAUCACCGAGGACGUGACCUUAGAUAGAAAGGAAUGGAGGUCGCGGAUUAGGGUAGAAGGCUAGUAGGGAUAGAAUAGUGUUUUGCCUUGUGUCGGUUUAGGGUUGGUCGUAGGUCUAGGCUUGUCAUUAUAGUUGUGUUGUUAUUGCCUUUAAUUAUCACUUUACUUUGCUAUCGUUAUUGAUCUUGUCUUGUAAAAUUUGCUUCGCUUUUCAUUUUUUUUGCCAUUAUGCUAUAUAUAUUUUCUUUUUCCUCUCUUACUUGGAGCUGAGACUUUUGAGCCGAUGGUCUUUUGGAAACAAUCUCUCUAUCUCUAUGAGGUAGUGAUAAGGUAUGCGUACAUUCUACCCUCUCCAGACCCCACUUGUGGGAUUUCACUGGGUAUGUUGUUGUUGUUGUGCGUCUAGCUUCACAUCUGCCAACCUGCUUUACUUAGCUACUGUGAUUGGUAAGAUUAGCUUUUGCUGAAGUAAUUGUCCUAUGUGCUUUCAAUUAGUUUUAUAAGGCUGUGAUACUUUGUGAUUUCGUUUAGGCUUGAAUUGAGUUGUUGUGUUCAUUUUGUUAUUUCAAUUUUUGAUUUGAU